AUGACUUCCAAUUCCUCAAAUGAACACGACAAAACACCUCUCCUUGAGAAUAAACCCCUUCAAAACUAUUAUGCCUCCCUCGAAUCGCGCAUUGGAUACCGAUUGGUAUUAGGAGGAACCCGUCAUUUCGGUUUCUAUCCCGCUGGCACAACAUGGCCCUUUCCUAUCCGCAAGGCUCUGCACGCCAUGGAGGAUCAUCUUAUCGCGAAUCUAGGUUUGGGAUCGGGAUCCAAAGUACUAGAUGCUGGAUGUGGUGUGGGACAUGUCGCUAUGCAUUUGGCUAAGACGGCGGGGUUUAACAUUCAUGCAAUUGAUGUCGUGGAUCAUCAUCUCAUGAAGGCGCGAAGGAAUGUUAAGGCAGAUGGGUUGGAGGGGCAGAUUACCAUUAGUAAAGAGGAUUAUCAUCAUUUGGAUGCCUUUAAGGAUGGGGAGUUUGACGGGGUGUAUACCAUGGAAACAUUUGUUCAUGCUGUUGAGCCAGAGGUUGCCGCGAAAGAAUUCUUGAGGAUUUUGAGACCGGGUGGGAAACUUGCGAUGUACGAAUACGAUCACGUCGAUUUCACCACGCAAACAAAAGAUAUCGGAGCUUCAUUCACCAGUAUCAACACGCAUGCAGCGAUGCCAGCACACGAGCGAUUCAAUCAAGGCGUACUGGAGAAAAUACUAGAAGAAGUUGGAUUUGAAGAUGUGGUGGUGAAAGAUCUUUCGGAUAAUGUUCUCCCCAUGCUCAGGAUGUUUUAUCUCCUGGCUUUUAUUCCGUACUUUGUCAUCAGCUUCCUAGGCCUUCAGUCGUACUUUAUCAACACGGUGGCUGGGUAUAAGGGAUAUGUUUACAGGAACACAUCGAGAUAUAUUGCGGUCUCGGCGAGAAAGCCUCUGGAUGGGAGUAAACAGAUGGAGAUGACGGUCAAUAUGUGA